AUGGCGCUGUCGACGGCCACGAAGCAGCAGCAGAAGAACAAGAAGAACAACAGGAAGAAGAGUCGACCGCAACCAGCGCACGCAGUCGUCCGGUCGAGACCACAGAGCAGUCGCGGCAGCAAUCCCUUUGACGCCCGAUGCAACGCGACCAAAGCCAAGUACGAAGUCCUCGGCCGCCGCGUCAAAGGCGCGAGUCGCAAUGUCGCCGCAGCCCGCGCCGCGGCCGAACUGAAGCGGCGCCGGACGUUGGGCGUGGAGUUCCGCGCGCGGAAGAAGAGCAACGUGUUCAAGGACAAGCGGUUGGGCGAGCAAGACCCGACGCUGUCGAUGGAGGACAAGAUGAUGGCGCGGUUCCAGACGGAGCGCAAGCGGCAGAUGCGCAAUGCAGCGGCGUUCGCUUUGCACGACUCGGACAACGACGAGGACGACGACGGGGCGGACGGCCGGUACGGUGGGCUGUUCCUGACGCAUCGGGGCGCGCGGAUCACGGACGAUGAUGCAAAGGACGUGGAGAAGGACGUGGACAAUGGCGGCGAUCGUAGUGAGACGGAAGAAGACUGGAAGAUGGACCGCGAGAUUGUGAACACGCUGCACUUUGGUGGCGGUGGGGGAGCACAGGCGAUUGACGAGGGACGGGAAGGAACAGGCGCCGUGAAAAAGACGCACAAGGAGGUGAUGCAGGAGGUGAUGAUGAAGGCCAAGUUGUACAAGGCCGAGCGCCAGAAGAACAAGAGCGCGCAAGAAGAGGCGACGGACCAGCUCGACGAAGGCUUUGCCGACCUCUGUGGGUUGCUCGAGUUCCGUCCCACGCGGGCGAACGGCAAAGAGGUGGUGCCGAAAGAACCGAUGGACGCGUUUGACACAUUGACGCGCGAGUUUGCCUUUGAGGCGAAAGUGAAGGCGACCGAACGGCGACUGUCGCCCGAGGAAGCCGCUGCUAAGGAACGCGAUCGACUGGCGGCGUUGGAGAAGAAGCGAGUCGCGCGGAUGCACGGAGCGGACGGUGACGACAGCGACGAUGGAGACGCAGCAGAUGGGCGACGCAAGGGACGGAAGAGCAAGAAGAAGGUCAAGAACGACAAGACGUCGGACGCGGGAGAAGAGGAGGAAGAGGGGGAGGGAGACGAGGAAGAGAGCCACGAUGUGGACGACGACAGCGACGAGCAGGACUCGGAAGCGGAAUCGGACGUGGGCGAUGGAGACAGAGCUGAGGACGAGAAGGACACGGCAGAUAACGUCGAGACGGUCGUGGACGAACAGGAAGAAGUCGACGACUGUGACAGUGCAUUGCAAAAGCGGAUCGACGAUGCCGAGGAAGCAGCGCACGAGCUGCCGUUUGUAUUUCCAUGUCCCGAGUCGCCCGAGGCGUUAGCUGCGAUCUUCAAGCAGCACGCGCGCCAUUCGCCGGCAAAGCGGGCGCUGAUCCUCGACCGCAUCGUCACGUACUACAGCCCGCGCUUGAGCGUCGAGAACCAGAGCAAGAUGAAGACGUUCUUUGCCGUAUUGGUGCGGCAGUUCCUGCUCUUUGCAGCUCGGUACGCGGCGCACAAGCACGACCUCGACUCGCUGGCAACGACCAUGUACACGUUAGCGCAGCAAAUGGGCGACUCGGCCGGCGUCGUCGUCCGCCAAGUGCUCGCGCAGCUCCACAAGCGCCUGCACAAGCGCACGUCCACGUGUGCCUGGCCGUCGCUGGCCGAGCUGCUGCUGCUCAAAGCGUUGACGCGCAUCUUCCCCACGUCCGACUUGCGCCACAACGUGACGUCGCCCAUCGAGACGCUGCUGGGCGAGAGUUUGGCCCGCGGCGCUGUCCCGAGUCCGCACGAGGCCGUCCAGGCGCUCUUUGCCGCGUCGCUCUCGCUCGACAUGACGCGCGCCAAAGAGCGCUUCGUGCCGGAGCUCGUCACGUUCCUCACGCGUCUGCUCCGUGCGAUUGUCGUCGCGCCGGCCAGCGACGACCCCCACGAGCGCCACCCCAGUCACUGGCUCCGUCGCGACGUGCUCGAGCAUCCGACCGCGUCGACCGCAACCCGUCUGUCGUUAGCGACCGCGUCGUCGACCAGCGCCAGCGCCAGUGGUGGCCGCGUCCUGACGUCGCUCCUGAAGCUGCUCGAGCUGUCGUCAGCGCAGUACGCGCACCUGCCGUCGUUUGACGAGCUCUUUUACCCGCUGUACCUGCUGCUCCACGCGCUCGCGCAGCAACUCGACAGUGUGUGGCCCGCCCGCGGACGUGACACGAGUCUCUCGUCGACGCUGCACGAAGUUAUUGAAGCGCUGCACGCGCGUCUCGCCCACUGUUGGGCGCGCCGGCGGCCGCUGUGCCUCCAGCAGUUUGCCCCGCGCGUGCUGCCGACGUUUGCCCCGCAGUUUGACGCGAAUUACACGGUCCGCAAGGACAAACUCGCGCCCAAAGACGCGGCGCAGCGCCAGCAGCUGCAGCGCCAAGUCAAACGCGCCCGCAAAGGCGCCGCGCGCGAGUUGCGCCGCGACGCCGACUUUCUCGCGCGCGAAAAGCAGCGCGAAGAGCACACGCGGUGCGCGGCGAACGCGGCAAAGCAAAAGGAGAUUCGGCGCUGGCUCGACGAGCAGCACGCAACGUUCCACCAGCAGGUGCGGAAGGGCGGCGAGAUGCUCAAGGGCGGCGGGUCGGCGCGCGGGCCGGCGCCGCGCGCCCGGGCGUCGAAAGCGAAGCGUUAG